CACAACUAGCACAAACAGAGUACCUCUAUUUAAGACACACUUACUUUUGGCACUCCUUCCUGUAACUUUCUGUUUAUCCAACACAUUUUCUUCAAUUCUUCAGAAGUCACACAAACUAUGUGAAGAAACUGAAAAAAAAAUGCUGACUGUUGGAUUAAUUUUACUCCUUUGUCCAGUUCAUCUUGUCAAAACACAAACAGAUUUUUGGUCUUACGAGAGUCUGCUUUUUGUUAAAGAAGGAGACAGCGUGAACAUUACUUGCAUUUACCGAAGUAAUAUGGCCAUGCACUUCUCAUGGUACAAACACAAAUUUGGUCAGAAGCCUAAACUCAUCUCCAAUUUCUACAAAUAUGACCAAAAGGCUACAUUCCAUAACGAAUUCAAGGAUAAUGCUCGUUUUAAUAUGGUGAAUGAUAAUGACAAAACUCAUCUGGAAAUAAAAAAGUUACAGCUCUCUGACUCGGCCAUGUAUUACUGUGGAAGUGCUCAUUCCAACAUAGUGGAGUUUGGGGAAGGAACCGAGCUGAUAGUACAAGCUUCACAGUUGCAUAGUGUUUCUGUGCACCAGCAGCCUGUGCGAGAACUGGCUCGUCCCGGAGUCUCUCUUACCCUGCAGUGUACAGUCAUCGCUGAUCACAGUUUAGGAGAAUACAGUGUGUACUGGUUCAGACAUAACUCAGGACAAUCUCAUCCAGGAAUCAUUUACGCUCAUGGAGACAGCAAAGAUUGGUGUAAGAAGAACCCUAAAGCUGAAAAACAGAAGUGUGUUUACAGUCUGCCCAAGAAGAACCUCAGUUCCUCUGAUGCUGGAACUUAUUACUGUGCUGUAGCUGCAUGUGGACAGAUACUGUUUGGGAAUGGAACUAAGCUGGAUAUAAACAUUACAGGUCGGGAUUGCUCUGAGCACAUGCACACCUUGGUGCUUUUUUCUAUCGUAAGAACUGCUGUUCUUUCGUGUUGUUUUCUCAUAAUUAUGAUAUACUUUUGUAGCCGCAAAAAAGCAAAGUCUUCCGUUAGAAAGACUACCAAGAAAAAAAGCUAUCCUGCCAGAAUAGAAAAAUAGAAUAUCUGCAGAUUAAUUGCUUAGUGGAAUUUUUUUAAAACUAAAAUUUAAAGCACUAAAUCAGUUUAUAAUAAUAUGUUCUGUGUUCAUGUGCAUUUGGUGUUGUCAAUACAAUGUCAACAAAACUGAUCAGAAUAAAAAGAUACCUAACUACUUUUUUCAUUGUGGUGACUUUAAUAGCAAUGAUAUUGUUUCUCUGUGAUCUGUCUUAAGACCCUUUUAAUGCAACAUAUCACAAUCCUAUGUAACCCAAUAAAAUAUCUUUUCUUUCUUUUUUUCUUUCUUGCUGUCCAAGUGCUUGUAAAUACCAGAGGUAGCUUCUGAGUGGAUACCUGAAAUAAAACUGCAGCAGAUAAUAAAAAAGCUAAGGACUGUAAUGUGUUGUGUGAUUUCCAGCUAACACGGAUUAGACAAAACCAAACCAAACAACGGGAAUCUAAUGAAAAGAUGAAAUAUUCCCAGAUCCAGAUAUUAUUGUUUGAUUGAAUCUGUGAAAAAGAGUAAAGCUUCAGA